UUAAAUGGAAGGUCAAGGUAUUUACCUUGGCAGCGUGUAAGACCGGUUGUAUGAUUUUCUGAUGAAGUGAUUUUUUAUAUAAACUACCUCAACGCAAGAUGUCAUCCAAAAAGAGAGUAUGCAUUGUUGGAUCUGGAAAUUGGGGGUCAGCUAUAGCAAAAAUUGUUGGUAAUAAUGUUAUAGAAAAAUCUGACAAAUUUGAAAAGGAGGUCAAAAUGUGGGUGUUUGAAGAAAUGGUAAAUGGCAGAAAGCUAACAGAAAUCAUAAACCAAGAUCAUGAAAAUGUGAAGUACUUGCCAGGUUUUAAACUUCCAGAGAAUGUUGUUGCCAUCCCGGAUGUAAAAGAUUCUGCAGAAGGAGCAGACAUCCUAAUCUUUGUUCUACCUCAUCAGUUUGUUAGAGGAGUAUGUAAGCAACUUAAAGGAAAAGUUAAUGAUGGUGCUAUAGCUGUCUCCCUUAUCAAGGGUUUUGAUGUUGCAGAAGGUGGCGGUAUUCUACUUAUAUCCUCAGUGAUCAGGGACCAGCUAGGAGUACCUUGUGCUGCUCUGAUGGGAGCAAAUAUUGCUAAUGAAGUCGCCAUGGAAAAUUACUGUGAAGCUACUAUUGGUUGUAAAGACAUGAAGUAUGGUCCACUACUAAAAGAACUAUUUCAGACAAACUAUUUCAGGAUUGUUGUGAUUGAAGAUGAAACAACAGUUGAAGUCUGUGGUGCUUUAAAAAACAUUGUGGCAGUUGGUGCUGGUUUUGCUGAUGGUUUAGGGUAUGGUGAUAACACAAAGGCAGCUGUGAUCAGAUUAGGACUUAUGGAAAUGGUUAAAUUCUGUGAAGUUUUUUACCCAGCUACUGAUUCAAAAUCUCAACAAGGGACAUUUUUGGAAAGUUGUGGAGUUGCUGAUUUAGUAACGACAUGUUAUGGAGGUAGAAACAGGAGAGUAGCAGAAGCAUUUGUUAAAACAGGAAAGAGUAUAGAAGAACUAGAAAAGGAAAUGUUAAAUGGUCAGAAGUUACAAGGUCCACCUACAGCAUUUGAAGUGAAUUACAUGUUAAAGAAUAAAAAUAUGGAGGAAAGGUUUCCAUUAUUUACAGCUAUCCAUAGAAUAUGUAAAAAAGAGACAGAUGUUAAACAAUUCAUGGACUGUCUGAAGAACCACCCAGAACAUAUGUGAUUAUCAAGAAAUUGCUUUACUGAGCUAAAGGGGGGAUGAUUAGGAGAGUCUACUGUGAUUGUAUAUGUAUUUUUAGCAAUGAUUAUUGGCUCCUGCAGAAAAAUGUCAGGGUACUUUAUAGUUUUUUCAGCAAUUUUUUUUUUACGCAAAGGGUAGUCAAUGAAAAAAAAUACAUAAAAAUUUUAUUACGCAAAGGGUAGUCAAUGGAAAAAAAUACAUAUGAAAUUUCAAUGUAUAUAAACUUUUGAAAGAAUUGCAGGCAAAACAGACAAAAAAUAGAAAAAACAAAUUGUUGUUUAAUAAGUGUUAUUAAAGGAAACAAUUAGUAGGAAAAUAGAUACUGUUGUAACUGGUGUACAGAUGUCUUUUUUGUAUUAUGUAACUAAAUACAGGGAUAAUAAAUAGAUAUUUACCAUUUGGAGUUUUAAGAGCUUUCAGUCUUUGAAAUAUAAUCAUCGUGCCAUAAACAAGGAUAGGAAUGGUAAAUUCGAUGGAAUAAAAGUAUUAAUGAAUUUAUUGUACAUAUAAACAGAUAAGUUAUUUGGGGAUUUUUUAAUUUUUUUUUAAUUUGACAUUAUAUAUCCAGGAAACAAUGAUUAAUCGUUAUAUUAUUUUCAUUCGGCAUUAAACAAAUUCACUUAAGAAAACUGUUUUAAUUUUAUGUAAUAAUAACCUUGUUUACACUCUCCAUCAUUGUUUUGUUAUAACUUAAUGUGUAUUUAUUAUCUAUUUUUAAUUGUGUUAGAAUGAUAAUGGUUUUGUGGAUCUGAUGAACUUACAGCAUUAUUUUAGAUAGGUUCUAUUGAAAUAUGAUUAUAUAGUUGAAGUGCAUGAAUAUACAUUUUAUUGAUGAAUCAAUUUUAUUGUGUUGAUCAUUUCAAGAUUUUACUCCCAUACACUUUAAAAUUUGUAAAGUUCCAUAAUAUAGUUUAUAUAGUCAUUCAUGUAUACUUGAAUGUGAAAUACAAAUUUAUGCAUGAUAAUCAGUUCUUGAAGCACAGAAAACUAAAUAGCCAAAUAUUUAAAUGAAUGGUCACAUAUUUUCAUGAAAUCCAAAGUUGAAUUUAAUGACAUAAUUUAUUAAGGAAACAUUAAUCCUAGCAAUAAAAUAUUAAACCUUGCUUGUCCAUUAUUGAACAACAAAAACAUGUGUUUUUUUUUUGUACAGAAUAUUUGUAAAACAGAGAAUGCAAUCACAUAUUUUUCAUUAGGUCUAUUGUUUAAAUGUACCCGGUAUCUGAUAACUCUAGUCCCAUGUAUUAUGACCGGCAGAAAAACUUUAUAUUAAAUAUUCAUCUAUAGAGUUUAUAUCAGGUGUUACAAUUAUCUUUACUGCAGUGUAAUAUUUGUAGAACAUGACAUAAUUUAUUACUUUGUCUAUUGUCAAUCAAAUACAUUUAUGAUCUUUUUUUCCUUUUUUUAGAAAUAAAAAUUAUAUGUCCGUGAA